AUGCUCAAAUAUUGUUUAAAUUUUGAAAACACUAUUACUUUAAAUGAUCUUGAAAGAUUUAGUCCUUCAGUAUCAAAAUUUGUUAAAGAUAUAUUAAACGCAGAACCUAAUACUGAUUUAUCUACUAUUGUUGGAUUUGAUGAAUGGGCUGAGUGUAAAGGAAUCUCUAAAAUACAAAAACAAGUUUAUUCACGAUCAAAAGAAAACUUGGAGAAAUUGGCAAAACAAAUUUGUUAUGAUACGUUAAUAUAUAAUCGCAUCAGUCAACUUGAUGCGAUAAAGCAUAAAUUAAAUAAGUUUGGAUUUUUAAACUUUCUAAAAACAAAGAAAGUCAAGAUUGAACAGGUUAAAAAUUAUUUUUAUCAAGAAAUUAUAACAGCCAAUGAUAUUAUUAAGAAAUUAUCUUUCAGCUCAGAUUUAAAUAGUAAGCAAACAAAAGUAAAAAGAUGGCUUAUUGAAUGGAUACAGGAACAGAAAAAGCCCGGGUUACUUGAAUUUUGCCGAUUAAUAACUGGAUUUACUCACCCAAGACAUGAUUUAAAC